UUUUCAGUACGCGUUUCACUUGCAAAUGGUGUAGACGUAUAGAUUUACCUUUCUUUCGUGUAAUGUCAAUCAAAUUAUUAUCGUGUGAAAAAUAUACCGUUAACAAUCGUCGCUUUGGAUGUUACUUAUAAUUCAACCUUAACUAGUGCGUGGGUGUUAAAACACGAAAUUAAUUUGUCGGAUUGUUUGUGUUUAUUUACGAUUUUACAGGACGGAUAUUUAGGAUUAGAUUAAUCUUUUUUGGCAAACGAUGGUAAUAGUCCGGUGGUCGAAGCGGCGAUCGAUAAGCGAACUGAAUCUCAGAAAACCAUCGGACUGAAUUGGACAAUAUGGCAACGACAGCGAGACGACGCGACCCAGAUGAUGACAUUGCGGCAAUAGCAAAACAGAUAUCCGACCAAGCGGAAGCGAUCUAUCAAAACUGGAAAUCAAGAGGUCUGGCACCUGCCGAAUUAAUAAACUGCCAUGCCGCCGGAGACACAUCGAGACUGGAUUCUAUGUUAAAACCGCAGACGCUAGCAAAACCGUCGAUUGAACUUUUGGCGCAGGCACCGACGAUGGACAACAGCAAACUGCAGAAGCUCGUCAAGAACUUCGUCGUCGAGGAUAAGGCGAGACUUGCAGCUAGGAACAAGAACAUGGCGUCCAGUAUACAAUACGCUCUACAGAAAUUUGAGAAAAACACGCAGCCGGAAGACGAUUUUGUUAAGAAAGUACCGGCGCGGGCGAAUUUCUCUAACGCCGUUUCGGUAUCCACGCCCACUCCUGUCGUCCAAGUAUCACCCACGAGGCCAACAAUAGGCCAAAAACCACAAAUUUCUCCAAAGCCCCGUUUCGCAGACACUAUUGAAAUCACCUUACCCGCAGAUCUUCCCACAUCAGGCCACCAAACAUGGCCUUUGAAAAAUAAAGUUAUAACCACAGAUGCUGUUAAAAAGACAACGGCUACUGAAGUAAAACCGUCGACUCACUACAACACACUUCCUUCAAAAACACAAGCGUACAUCGAUGAAGUCGCUCUGGAGGAGAAACGUUUAAUUAACGCCUUAAAGAACGGAGUAAUCAUCACCGAAGAACCACCUCCAAAUGUAAUUCCAACCAAGUCGAAAGAAACAGAGCGUGAGGGUACAAGAUGGGGGUUGCGCAACGUUAAACGACCCGAGCAACAAGUUCCCCAUCCAGAAUUAACAACCACCCAAAGACAACACCUCAGACUGAAUGCGUCAAAUCCCGUUCGGCCAUUUUUAACCAAAGGAUCCGUGGCCGAGCGAGUACUAAUCUUCGAACGCUGUCCCAGUGAUUUACUAUUAGACAAGCGAGUGCGAGCGCCUAUUAUACAGCCAAUCAAACCUCAGGUUCCUUCGAAAGAGCAACAGUUGCAGCACACCACGUUACAAAGACACGUCAGGGCACAUCGUAACGUUCACAUACCACGCUUCCACUUUCCACAAGGGAAACCUAGUCCGCCCGAUCAACUGGAUACGGUCAUCGCGAAUGUCACCGCUGCAUUUGCGACAAUUGGCGACAGAGCGUCUAGGGAGCACUUUGUUCAAAUUACCAAAGCGUGUCAGCUACCUCUCUAUUGGAAGACCCCACUGUACCUCGCCGCCUGCGCGGAUAAAGGCAGUUGCACCUUGGAGCAAUUCCUUACCUUUUGGAAAACAAUGUCCACAUCGUGCAACGAUUUGGCUUCUCGUUUCAUUUACAUACUCACGCGCGGUCGGCGUUCGUGGUUGGGACCGGAAGACUUCAUUCCUCUCGUCCAGGACGUCGUCGAGACCCAUCCCGGUUUAACAUUUCUUAAGGAAGCCACCGAAUUUCAUUCGCGCUACGUUCAUACAGUUAUCGCCCGCAUUUUUUAUUGCGUUAAUCGAUCUUGGUCGGGCCGUAUUACAACGCCCGAGCUUAGGAGGUCGAAUUUAUUGAAUGUAAUACAGCUGCUGGAGGAGGAGGAGGACAUCAAUCAGAUUACUUCGUACUUCAGCUAUGAGCAUUUUUAUGUUAUCUACUGCAAAUUUUGGGAGUUGGACCGAGAUCACGACUUGUAUAUUGAUAAGCAGGACUUAGCGAGACAUAGUGAUCAUGCUUUAUCAACUCGAAUCAUAGACCGAUUAUUCAGCGGGUGCGUAACACGCGGACGUCGAGCGAAUCACGAAGAGAAAAUGUCCUAUACCGAAUUUGUGUGGUUUCUAUUAAGCGAAGAGGACAAAACGCAUCAGACCGCAAUCGAGUAUUGGUUUAGGUGUAUGGAUGUCGAUGGCGACGGCUAUCUGUCGAUGUACGAGCUGGAAUACUUUUAUGAAGAGCAAAUGCAUCGAAUGGAAUCAAUCGGAAUUGAAACUUUGCCUUUUCAAGAUUGCUUGUGUCAAAUGUUAGAUAUGGUGAAACCCAAAGUUCCUGGUCAGAUUUCGCUUAGCGAUUUAAAGAAAUGUAGAAUGACGCCUAUAUUCUUUGAUACGUUCUUUAACCUUGAAAAAUACCUGGAUCACGAGCAAAGAGAUCCAUUCGCCUCGCAACGUGAUCACGAUAUCGAUGGACAAGAGAUGUCCGAUUGGGAUAGGUAUGCUGCGGAAGAGUACGAAUUGCUGGUGGCCGAAGAGGGUAAUGACCAACAGGACAGUCUCUCGUUCGAUGAAGGGAAUGACGAAGACCUUCUCUCGCAGAAUCUCGAUGUUGUGCUGGACGUAUCCGACGCUCCAUGUGGCCUUUCAGACGAUAGUGAUGAAUGUAGUAUUUAGCGAGAACCAGUUUGUCUUUUUUAAUUUUGUAGUUUUGUGGUAGAGACGUUUUUCUAGUCCGUUAGUCGUAAAAGGUGAUUACAAUAAAAUUUUGUUAGGCAAAGUAUUUUACUUAGAAGAAUGUGCUACUGUUGUAGUAUUUAUUGUUUUUAUAUAUACAUUGAUAUUAUAAUGAGAGCGUUAGUGGAUAGUAAAUUAUCGUGGUAGACGUAAUUUUUGUAUAGCCCUUACAAAGUAGAUUGUUAGAGAAAUAUCCUGGUUUCGUUUUUUGAAACUGUUACACUUGUAAGAAAAGUCGUUAUUUUUCGUGUUGUAUUUAAUGUAUAAUAUUUUGUAAAAAGGAUCUGAUUUUUGAAAAAUUUUUAAUGUAAGUAUGGAGGUGUGCGAAUGUGUGUCUCAUUAUUGUUUUGAAGGGCAAACUUUAAGACUUUACAUUAGCAGCUGUUUGUUAAAAUAUGUAUAGUUUAGCAUAUUAACUUCAUUUCAAUCAAAAAAGAGUUACUAGUCAUUUUCUUCUAAAAUAUUUAUGUCUUAAUUUGUGUAUGUUAUAUAGAAAUUUGUUUACUUUAUAGACCUAAUAAUAUAUACUUGGUUUUCA